GUUGGAGUACAGAAGAAAGUGUAUGUAUGACAGAAGAAGUACAGCACUGCGUCCAGACUUGUAGACUUAUUGCUAUUUAUGUAUGAGGGGAUCAUUCUAACUCUGGACUUUUAAGAAAGGUGGGCACGCAACAGUAAUGGGAGACUGGAACUCUCUUGGGAAGCUUUUGGAAAGCGCCCAGGAACACUCCACGGUGGUGGGCAAAGUCUGGCUCACCGUACUCUUCAUCUUCCGCAUCUUGGUGCUCGGUGCUGCAGCAGAGAAGGUUUGGGGCGAUGAGCAGUCUGGUUUCACCUGCGACACCAAACAACCCGGUUGCCAGAACGUAUGCUAUGAUAUAACCUUCCCGAUCUCUCACAUUCGAUUCUGGGUGCUUCAGAUCAUCUUCGUCUCCACUCCGACACUGAUCUACCUGGGCCACAUCCUGCACCUGGUGCGCAUGGAGCAGAAACAAAAAUGCAACGAGGCAGGCGGGACGGACAAACAGGCACUGUUGAGCACCAAAUCUGGAAAAGGUCCCAUACGUGACGAACAGGGGAAGAUCCGUCUGCAGGGAGUCUUACUACGCACGUAUGUCUUCAACAUCAUCUUCAAAACACUGUUUGAGGUGGGCUUCAUUGUGGCACAGUACUUCCUCUAUGGAUUCGAGCUCAAGCCACUGUACACCUGCAACAGAUGGCCCUGUCCCAACACCGUCAACUGCUACAUCUCACGACCUACAGAAAAAACCAUCUUUAUCGUGUUCAUGCUGGCCGUGGCCUGUCUCUCUCUGCUGCUCAACCUGGUGGAGAUGUACCACCUGGGCUUCACCAAAUGCCGCCAGGGUCUUCGAUACAGGCGCUCUCAUUCUGUCUGCGACACUGAAUCUAAAGCGCCCAGUGAGGAUGCUGUGGUUCCGUUUGUGCCAAACUACCCGUAUUUUCCACCUCACGCACCACCUCCGGCUCCCUUUCCCACAGAGCCACACUUCAACCUCUCAGAACCCGAUGGAACCUUCCCGCCACACGGCAGCCGCUCUGUUUAUAAGCAGAACCGCGAGAACAUGGCUGUAGAGCGCAGCGGGAAACCAGACGCUACAGAUGUCAAGAUCAGCAAAACGGCAAAUUCUGUCCCCGGAUCACCAAGCCAGCAGCGCAGGCCAAGCCACUCAAGUCGAUACAGCAACAACAAGACCAGGAUGGAUGACCUCAAAAUCUGAGCAGACGCAAACAAGACUCCAUCGCUGAUUCCUGAACACAAGAGAUUCCCUCUUUCGCUCACAGGCUCUGAGCGCAUGACGGGAAUAAAAGUGUCAUUCAGAGUGACAUCAGAAUCAGGGAGUCUGAAUGUAAAUUGGCGUGAGGCUUUACUUGAAUUCAUUUUGUGGGAACAUUGCAAUAACUUGAUCAUUAAUGGAAAAGAUUAAUGAUUGAAUCAUAAACUAAAAUCAUAUGGAAGCUUUGCUUUGAUAAAUCAUAAUUGGUAAGUCAAAAAGUGACAAAAAUAAACAUUGUGACGCAUUAAGUCGUAAAAAAAUGUAUAACAUAAAAAGUCAGAAUUAUGGCAUCAAGGGUAUUAUGAAGAGAUUAAAAAAAUUGAAAUGAUGAGUUAUUAUGACAAAUUUUGUCAUAAUUAUACAUUUUUCUUAUAAUUUCGACAUUUUGUCAUCAUUUUGAUUUCCAUGUCAUAAUUAUGAAUUGAUCUCAUAUUUUUGAUUUUUUAUAUCAGAAUAAUGACUUAGAUAUGACUUACAUAAUUUCAACAUUAUAUGUCAUAAUCAUGAUUUACCAAAACAUUUUUUUCUUACAUGGUGGAAAAGGGCUUUCAUAAGGAUGAUCACUUAAAAUGAAUUAAAAAUGCUUUUCAAUUGCCAACAAUAAAAUACUUAGGAGACUUACGGGUAAAAUGUGAACGUUUAAAUUUAAGUUUAAGUUUUUUAAGUGGAGCAAAAUAAAUUUAUUUAUAUUUUUUCAGUGGCAACACUAAUCACAUUUUACAAGUCAACAGCUUACAACAGUUACAUCAUCUAGACUUGGCUGACUGUCUUUACCAGGUGUUUACAGUGUGUCUAUGGCCUGUUUCAUUUUUUUUAACCAGAGAACCAGCACUGUAUGAAUGUACCAUCCACACAUUCUCCUGUAAACAUGAAUGAUAUAAAGCAAAGUUGCUAUGUGUGCAU